AUGUCGGCCAAAGUACUUGCCCACUACGACCCAGAUAAGGAGUUGAUAAUGGCCUGUGAUGCCAGUCCCUAUGGUGUGGGCGCUGUGUUAGCCCACAGAAUGUCGGAUGGAUCGGAACACCCAGUCGCUUAUGCCUCGCGUUCUUUAUCACCAGCAGAGAAAAACUACUCGCAGCUUGACAAAGAAGGUUUAGCUGUGAUUUUCGGAGUCAAGAAAUUUCACCAGUAUGUCUAUGGACGCCGGUUUGAGAUAACCACGGAUCACAAGCCAUUGCUUGGACUAUUCAGUGAACACCGAGCAAUAUCCCCCAUGGCGUCAUCCCGUAUUCAACGCUGGGCCCUCACACUAGCGGCUUAUGAGUAUCGCUUGGUGUACAAACCUGGGCAUUUAAAUGGCAAUGCCGAUGGCCUCAGCAGAUUGCCCCUGUCAACAUCAAUCCAUCAUCCUCCAACACCAGCAGACUACGUCAUGGUUAUGGAUCGGUUGGAAACCACGCUUGUCGGCCCUGACAAAAUUCGUCUUUGGACGGGUAGAGACCCAACACUCUCUCUAGUGCGCACAUACGUGAUGAAUGGAUGGCCAAGUGAAUGUGUAUCCCCCGCAGAGAUGUUGAUGAAACGCAAACUUCGCACACGGCUUGAUGCAAUUCGUCCUAAUAUCCAAGUCCGUGUUGACAGCAAGCAGUUCUCGCAGAAGGUGAACCAUGAUAAACACACCAAACUGCGCACCUUCAAUACCAACGACUCAGUGUAUGCCGAAAACUACGCUACUGGACCACGUUGGAUUGCCGGUUUAAUUUUGGGACGAGUUAGAAGCUGUAUGUUUACAGUUCAGCUGGAUGAUGGACGUGUCUGGAGAAGACAUGUGGAUCAAUUACGAACCCGUCAGUUGCUUGUUACACCCCCCAUCAAUGAUCCUAUUGCACCAGUCCCUAUUAUUCCACGAAGGGAGGAGGAAGAUGAUAGGAGCAAGUCUAGUUCCUGUGCGGACAACCAACCUGAACAGCCAACGGAUCAAAGCCAAUCUGUGAACAAUUCUUCAAACCCAGACCUUCGCCGAUCAACGCGCACCCACAAUAAACCCCCUCGCUACAGAUUCCACGAUUACUAA